ACUAAAAGCCAGUCGAACACGCAUAUAAACGAGCUGCCACCUCUCGCCUAGAAACCUUUUAGUCUGUUGACUGCGCACAACGUGCGUACCGAGUGUGAGGCGCUCCCUGUGUGUGCUCCACCAACAAUUUAUCCGACCGGAACUUGUGUUAAUUUUUCUUCAUCAGACUUAAAAAGUUUCAAGCUACAUACUAAAAAUGCCGCAAAAGACAAAUGGACACAGCGCCAACGGCUGCAACGGAAGUAACGGCAACUCUUAUGACAUGGAAGACGGAGCCACAUUCCUGUUCACCUCCGAAUCCGUGGGCGAGGGCCAUCCAGACAAAAUGUGCGACCAAAUCAGCGACGCUAUCUUGGAUGCCCAUCUGAAGCAGGAUCCCAACGCAAAAGUGGCGUGUGAAACGGUCGCCAAAACCGGCAUGAUCUUGCUGUGCGGCGAGAUCACAUCAAAGGCCGUUGUCGACUACCAGAAGGUUGUUCGUGAGACAGUUCAGCAUAUUGGCUACGAUGAUUCCUCCAAGGGUUUCGAUUUUAAAACGUGCAACGUGCUCUUGGCAUUGGACCAGCAAUCGCCCGAGAUCGCUGCCGGAGUGCAUGUCAACCGCGCCGAGGAAGAGAUCGGUGCCGGAGAUCAGGGCAUUAUGUUUGGAUAUGCCACCGAUGAGACCGAGGAGUGCAUGCCCCUCACAGUCGUUUUAGCCCACAAACUGAACGAGAAGAUUGCUGAGCUGCGUCGCUCUGAUGUAUUCUGGUGGGCUCGGCCCGAUUCCAAGACUCAAGUUACUUGCGAGUAUCUAUUCAACCAAGGAUCAGCCGUUCCCAAGCGCGUUCAUACCAUCGUGGUGUCCAUGCAACACUCUGAGAAAAUAUCGUUGGAGACACUACGAUCGGAAGUAAUGGAGAAAGUUGUGAAAGUUGUCAUUCCCGCCAAAUACAUUGAUGCUAACACUAUUGUACACAUCAAUCCCUGCGGUCUAUUUGUUAUCGGUGGACCAAUGGGUGACGCUGGUCUUACUGGAAGAAAAAUCAUUGUGGACACAUACGGAGGAUGGGGCGCCCACGGCGGUGGUGCUUUCUCUGGCAAGGAUUUUACUAAGGUCGAUAGAUCAGCAGCAUACGCAGCUCGCUGGGUAGCCAAAUCUCUGGUUAAGGCUGGUCUUUGCAAGCGCUGCCUGGUCCAAGUCUCUUAUGCCAUUGGUCUUGCCGAGCCGUUAUCUAUAACCGUGUUUGACUAUGGAACUUCGCACAAGUCACAAAAGGAACUCCUGGAUAUCAUUCGCCGCAACUUUGACCUCAGGCCUGGCAAGAUUGUUAAGGACUUGAAUUUGCGUCAGCCGAUAUAUCAGCGCACCAGCACCUAUGGUCAUUUCGGACGUGCCGGUUUCUCGUGGGAGGAGGCUAAGCCUUUGGAGACUGACAACUGACUAGACGCUGAUGCCCCGCUUCCACAGUCACCGUGUGCUAAAAGGUCGAAGCCAUCGUUGUCGUCAUCAGCGUCAGAAUCAACAAAAACCACAACAAUAACGUAAUUCUUAGUUUUCUUUUUAAAGAUAAAAGUCGUAGAGGUUGCAACCUUAUUUUAGACUUUGUUUCUAACUGCACCUGCGCUCUUCGCUAUAUAAUUUAAACCAUCUGAUGUGUGUAGUCUUGUCACACAGCACUAGUUGUAUUUGUCAUACUACCCGCAUAUAUAUACUUAAUAGAGGACUUCAACAUAAUUGAUGAGCUUUAGUUAUACAUAUACAUAGUAUAGAGUCGCUCAGUUUUGUUAUCACGAAAAAUUGAAAUUGAAUUAGUUUGUCUGCCCUUUAAAUUAUCUUGCAAUAUAAUUCAGUUGGCAUUGAAUAUGUAUAAAAGUUCUAGAAUCCGUUGCCUAGAAAAUAUGCCUUACUCUCAAGCCCUAAUUGUACACUUAUUUUGUCUCUUUUAAUAUUUCUAAAUGUUGUAUGCGUUGUAUAUGUUUAACCAAAAGUUUUUAAGCAACUCGAUUGUAUGUAAAUUACACACUGUCUUUGUAUUUUCUGUAAACAACCAAACUUAAGAUAAUGUAUUUUCCUUUACAAAAAUAUAUUAAUAAUACAGAUGAAAAGAA